AUGACUCAUAAUAACAGCAACAACACUAGAUCACAAAUCAAAAUUUCCAAGAUAUUUUCGUCGAUGUAUGACACGACGCAGUCGACAAGUUUCGUCGACGAAGAAUUCGACCUUGAAAACUCUUACCUCUCAAAGCCAUCAAGCUACAACCAACGACCACAAGGAUUGUCGACAUCGCUGUCAAGUAAACUUCACAGAAUCACCGAAAACAUAAUGUCAAAAUUAUCGUCGUCUUCGUCGUCACCGUUACCUUUACAUCACCACAGUCCUGCUAAAAAUCCAAGUGCCUAUUGGGAAUACCCUUAUUCCCAAAGCGAGAAACUCGAGUUGGUAUGUGUGAAAGGUCCAAGAAAAAAUAUGCGCCUCUUCUGCAGAGAAAGGAAUUUUCUAACUGUUUUGUCUCUCUCUUUCUUUUCGUCACCGAAAAGUAAUACUCUCAUAUCGUACGCCGAUUCUCGAAUACCUGAGGCUUUACGACGAUUGGCAUUGACCGUGAAAUCGUCGGCGAAGACCGAAGACUAA